UUAUAUGGUGAGAGUGGUGUUGGAAAAAAUUAGAAGAAAGAGAUUGGUCGGCUGGUCGAAAAAUGGAUUGGGGUCGGGGUCGGGGGAGCCCCGGGGGAGCCGCCCCCAUCGAGAGGAGAUGCCCUUAUAAACAACCAAAAGAAAACAUUUUGUUUGUAUUGAUUUUUGGAUUCGUUGGAAUGAGAAUUUGGGGCUUGAGAUGUUGGGUUAUGUGGCUAAGACGUUGCACAUUUGUUGGAAUAUUGAUAAAAAUGGGAAAAAAAAAAACAUUGAUUUAUUCACCAAAAAAUAAAAUAUGCUAAAAAUAAUAAAUUGAUAAAAUAUGCUAAAUUUAAAAAAUUGGUAAGAAAAAAAUAAUUAUGACAACCUAAGUUAGGUUGUCGUAAUUUAAAUCAUGGCAUUAAUGUGUUUAAAAUGCAGAAUUGGGAUCCAUCCGUUAAUGCAUUUGUUUGAGUCUUAUCUUAACAUUAUUUAAAUUGCAAGAAAUUGGGAUCCAUCCGUUUAUUUAUUUAAAUUGCAGAAAAUCAUUGUUUAAGUUUUAGCUUAACAUUUGCUUCUCGAAUAAAUAAUACUGGAAAUAAAUCUGUGUAUUAGGGGAAAUAGAAUAUUUAAAUUUAGGUAUGUUUUCUUAUAAUUAUUAUGCAACACCUACAUAUAAAUAUAUAAACCGAGGCCCUUUAACCCUUGGUUACAUUUUUCAUUACAUUUUUACAGCAGCAGCUACUGCAGCUGACAGGUAAAUUUUAUGCACUAAUAAAAUUACCUGUGGUGUUUUUCUUCUGCUAUGGAAUUUAUGUCCAGUAAUUUUGUUAUGGCUGUAUUGAUAUUUUAAUUUCCUUGCUUUUCAUGUUGGUCUUACUUUUAAUCUCGCACGCCCGUAACCUGAUUUUUCGAUUAUAGGGAGUUUGUUUGACGUUGCAUUAGUGAUUUCUUUCUUCGUUUCUUUCGACAGAAAAUUAAAGGUCAAUGGAUAGUGUGACGAAGGUGCUCAAAACAUGGAAGCCAAUGAAAAUCCACAAGAAAUUGAAACUCGGAAAGUUGUGUAACAAAAUAACGAAAAUAACGAAGGUGUUCAGAACACUGAAACCACUUUUCCGAAUGUUUUCUCCGGCAGCACAAGUACAAGGAUAUCAUCAACCUGUCAGAGAGGACGACUUGCCGUCUUUCAUGACUUUUAUCGUAAAAGUGGAUACUAGCAAAGAAUGGGAAAAAAAAGUAUCGAAACUAAUUAAGAGUUGCCAAGGACCACGGUUCAAGAUGGAUAGAGAUGGGGUGGUGGAAUUAUCCGGGGUAGGAUAUCCCGAUCAAGUGUUGAAGAAGAUAGGCAAAUCGAGAAGAAAAGUACAGCUUCUUUGGUUUCAGUUCGGAGAGUGUUCCGCCAAUCUUUUUAUGCCCGAAACUAAAAAGAAUCCCGUUCAAGAAAAGCCGGUUAAUUCCAACGACAACAACAAUAACGCGAUCCCUCCUUAUCGUGGUUAUCCUCUCUAUAGUUAUUAUUAUCGACCACGUCCACAAGUAUACAAUCCUUAUUAUUACUACUAGAAAUCACAGCUAAUUGUUGGACUAGUGCAGUUUGAUUCGCAACCGAAGCCGGCGGAUGCGCACAUUUUACGUGAGAUUUUUCUGUUGUUAUAUACUGUUAAAGUUUUUAAAUUAAAUAUAUGAUUAUAUUUUUAGGGUUCAUGGGCGUUAUCGUUUGAAUUUUCAAGAAUGUAUUAUUUAUACAAUGAUUUCGAAUAAUUAUCUAUAUAUUAGUAAUUUGCAUGUUUG